GGAAUUGUGGGUGACUCGGCUAAUGGCGUCGAUGAGUCUUGGGGGCCUGGGGAGCCGACGCUGACGCUUCUUGCCAGGUUGGCUGGUGACACCCUGUGCGGCCGGGCCCCGCAGCACCCGGAAGGACCUACCCGCCUUGUGGGCUCCUCGGCCAGAGCCGGCGGAGCCUAACGGGGCGGGGCGGCUGCGGGGUCGCCUCGGAGAGAAGCCGGAGGGCUUGCGGGGAGGGAGGCUGCGGGGGGCGCACGGACAAGCUCGCGGUUCGCAGCCCAGGCCCGGCAGAACCCCUGCGGAGCCCAAGCAGCGGGCGCCUUACGGGCCAGAAGAGCGGGCGGGGAGCUGCCUGUCGCCCCCAGGAGCUGACAGUGUCGGAGCUUGUUUGUGCCUCUUGGAAAUUGGCGCGGACCUUGGAAGACCAUGUCUGGCACUAAUAGCCCCGAGGCGGUGAAGAAGCUGCUGGAGAACAUGCAGAGCGACUUACGGGCCUUGUCACUAGAAUGCAAGAAAAAAUUUCCACCUGUCAAGGAGGCUGCUGAAUCAGGAAUAAUAAAAGUUAAAACAAUAGCUGCACGAAACACCGAAAUUUUGGCAGCAUUGAAAGAGAACAGCUCAGAGGUCGUACAGCCUUUUCUCAUGGGUUGUGGGACCAAAGAACCGAAGAUCACUCAGCUGUGCUUGGCUGCCAUUCAGAGACUCAUGUCCCAUGAAGUCGUGUCCGAGACUGCAGCUGGAAAUAUUAUUAACAUGCUUUGGCAGCUAAUGGAAAAUAGUCUUGAAGAACUUAAGUUACUUCAAACAGUUCUUGUUCUUUUAACGACCAAUACGGUGGUUCACGACGAGGCACUUUCUAAGGCAAUUGUUCUUUGUUUUCGACUACACUUCACAAAAGAUAAUAUUACAAAUAAUACAGCUGCUGCUACAGUACGACAGGUCGUGACUGUUGUGUUUGAGAGGAUGGUGGCCGAGGAUGAGCGACACAGAGACAUUAUAGAACAACCAGUGCUGGUCCAAGGAAAUAGUAACAGAAGGUCUGUCAGCACCCUCAGACCUUGUGCUAAGGAUGCAUAUAUGCUUUUUCAGGACCUGUGUCAGUUAGUUAAUGCUGAUGCCCCUUACUGGCUCGUGGGCAUGACAGAAAUGACUCGGACAUUCGGCCUUGAGUUACUUGAGUCGGUCCUGAAUGAUUUUCCACAAGUCUUUUUACAAGUAAGCCAUUUAUUGUAUCUUGUGACAAAAUUAAUCUUUAAUUUUCUUUACAGAUUGUUUUUAAGACAGUAUCAUGCAUUUUCCCCUCACGUUAAUCAUAAGAUACAAGAAUUACAGCCUCAGACUUCAGACAUGUGUGUAUAUCAGUUUAGAGUUAUCUCACUUCUUUUAGUGCCCAGCCCUUUAAAAGUGUUAACAGUGGAAGGGCUCCCUAGAGACUUUCUCAGGAAAGUGUUGGUAACUGAAUGUGAGAUAUUUCUGUCACUUCUGGUGAAAUUUCUGGAUGCAGAUAAACCACAGUGGCUUCGAGCUGUGGCAGUGGAAUCAAUACACAGACUGUGUGUGCAGCCUCAGCUGCUAAGGUCGUUUUGUCAGUCCUACGAUAUGAAGCAGCAUUCCACCAAAGUGUUCCGGGAUAUUGUGAACGCGCUGGGAUCCUUCAUCCAGUCUUUGUUUCUUGUCCCUCCUAGUGGGAAUCCUGCUACAACCAACCAAGCUGGUAAAGGCAUAUUCGUAUUUGGUUUUUUACAUUCUGCCAGAAUUUAUAAGUCCACUAUUCUCAGAGGACAGUUUGUAGAAAUGCUAUGACUAGAGAAAUCUGGAUUACCUAAAUACAUUGAUACUAAAGCAACUUGUCUAGAGAUGUUGGACAAGGUUGAGCCACCAACGAUCCCAGAAGGUUAUGCCAUGUCUGUGGCGUUCCACUGUUUGCUGGACCUUGUUCGUGGAAUCACUAGUAUGAUUGAAGGAGAGUUGGGAGAGAUGGAAACGGAGUGUCCAGUGGCCACCGAAGAGGCGUCGUCACCAACACACUCAUCAGAACAGCAAGAUUCACAGUCGACAUCAGACCAGGUGGAUAAGGAAAUAGUCAGCAGAGCUGUUUGGGAGGAGAUGGUGAACGCCUGCUGGUGUGGCCUCCUCGCCGCCCUCUCCCUCCUGCUGGACGCCAGCACAGAUGAAGCUGCCACUGAGAAUAUUUUGAAAGCUGAACUGACCAUGGCUGCUCUUUGUGGAAGACUGGGCCUUGUAACUUCAAGAGAUGCCUUUAUAACUGCGAUAUGCAAAGGCUCCCUGCCUCCCCAUUACGCGCUCACAGUGCUGAGCACCACCACCGCGGCUACGCUCUCCAACAAAGCAUAUUCCAUUCAGGGCCAAAAUGUUAUGAUGAUAAGCCCAUCAAGUGAGUCUCACCAGCAAGUUGUGGCAGUGGGUCAGCCUCUGGCAGUCCAACCUCAGGGGACAGUAAUGCUAACUUCCAAAAAUAUCCAGUGUAUGAGGACUUUACUUAACUUGGCGCACUGCCAUGGGGCUGUUCUGGGAACAUCCUGGCAACUCGUCUUGGCAACGCUCCAGCAUCUUGUAUGGAUUUUGGGAUUAAAACCUAGCAGUGGCGGUGCCUUGAAACCCGGACGCGCUGUGGAAGGACCCAGCACAGUUCUAACAACAGCAGUGAUGACUGAUUUACCAGUGAUUUCCAAUAUACUUUCAAGAUUGUUUGAAAGCUCACAGUAUCUUGAUGAUGUAUCAUUGCAUCAUUUAAUAAAUGCACUUUGCUCCCUGUCUUUAGAAGCAAUGGAUAUGGCCUAUGGGAAUAAUAAGGAACCAUCUCUUUUUGCUGUUGCCAAAUUGUUAGAAACUGGUCUAGUUAAUAUGCACCGAAUAGAAAUUUUAUGGAGACCUCUAACUGGCCAUCUGCUUGAGGUGUGCCAGCACCCAAACUCCCGAAUGAGAGAGUGGGGAGCAGAAGCUUUAACUUCCCUGAUUAAAGCAGGAUUAACAUUUAACCACGAUCCUCCGCUUUCACAAAACCAGAGGCUGCAGUUGCUUUUAUUGAACCCAUUGAAGGAAAUGUCCAAUAUCAACCACCCAGAUAUUCGACUCAAGCAGCUGGAAUGUGUGCUGCAGAUUCUGCAGAGCCAGGGAGACAGUCUCGGCCCUGGGUGGCCGUUAGUGCUCGGAGUCAUGGGAGCGAUCAGAAAUGACCAAGGCGAAUCCUUGAUCCGAACUGCAUUCCAGUGUCUUCAGCUGGUUGUGACAGAUUUUCUACCAACAAUGCCUUGCACCUGCCUGCAGAUAGUUGUAGGUGUUGCAGGUAGCUUUGGUCUUCAUAACCAAGAACUUAAUAUUAGCUUAACUUCAAUAGGGUUAUUGUGGAAUAUUUCAGAUUAUUUUUUCCAAAGAGGGGACACUAUUGAAAAAGAAUUAAAUAAGGAAGAGGCAGCCCAGAGAAAGCAGGCAGAAGAGAAGGGCGUGGCUUUGGAUCGGCCCUUCCAUCCCGCACCCCCGUUUGACUGCUUGUGGCUUUGUCUUUAUGCAAAACUGGGCGAACUGUGUGUGGACCCCCGCCCUGCUGUCAGGAAGAGUGCGGGGCAGACUCUGUUCUCCACCAUCGGCGCGCAUGGAACCCUGCUCCAGCACUCCACCUGGCACACUGUCAUCUGGAAGGUGCUCUUUCAUUUAUUGGACCGUGUUCGAGAGUCCUCUACCACCGCAGACAAAGAAAAGAUUGAGUCUGGAGGUGGCAAUAUUCUCAUUCAUCACUCAAGGGACACAGCAGAGAAGCAGUGGGCUGAGACAUGGGUGUUAACGUUGGCUGGGGUAGCAAGAAUCUUCAACACUAGAAGAUAUUUACUGCAACCUUUAGGAGACUUUCCAAGAGCUUGGGACGUUCUUCUCGACCACAUCCAGUCAGCUGCACUCAGCAAGAACAACGAAGUGUCUCUGGCUGCUCUGAAAAGCUUCCAGGAAAUUCUACAGAUCGUGUCCCCUGUCCGAGACUCAGAUAAGCCGGAGACACCACCUGUAGUUAAUGUCCCUGUGCCUGUUCUCAUCGGGUCCCUGUCGGGCGCUGGCCUGAGCAGGCCAUUUGUAAGAACAGACUCCAUUGGAGAAAGACUCGGAAAAUACAGCAGCUCUGAGCCACCCGUAGUUACUGAUGAGCUGGAAGAUUUGAAUCUCUGGUGGGCUGCCUGGAAUACCUGGUAUAGAAUUGGUUCUGAAAGCACGAAGCCUCCUAUUACCUUUGACAAACUGACUUUCAUUCCCAGCCAACCUUUUCUCACAGCUUUAAUUCAGAUAUUUCCAGCUCUCUACCAACACAUAAAAACUGGUUUCAACAUGGACGACUUGCACAAAUUGGGCGUCAUACUACACAGUGCCAUUUCAGUCCCUAUCAGUUCAGAUGCCUCCCCUUUUAUUCUCCCGUCUUACACUGAAGCAGUUCUGACAAGUUUACAGGAAGCCGUACUUACCGCUUUAGACGUUCUCCAGAAGAUCCAACUAUUUGCACCGGCCGAGUGGGUAGCCUUGAAUUAUGUGCCGUUCGCUGAAAGGUCUUUAGAAGUAGUUGUGGAUUUGUACCAAAAGACAGCCUGUCACAAAGCGGUGGUGGCCGAGAAGGUGCUCCAGCACAUCGUCAAGACUCUCAGGGUCCCUCUCAGUCUGAAGUACUCCUGCCCCUCUGAAAGCACAUGGAGACUGGCCGUGUCUUCACUCCUCAGAGUUCUUUCUAUCGGGCUGCCUGUGGCCCGGCAGCACGCUUCUUCAGGAAAAUUUGACAGUAUGUGGCCAGAACUAGCCAAUACUUUCGAAGACUUUCUCUUUACUAAAAGCAUACCUCCUGAUAAUCUCUCUAUUCAAGAGUUUCAAAGAAACGAAAGUAUUGAUGUUGAGGUGGUUCAGCUCAUCAGCACUGAGAUUCUGCCUUAUGCCAAUUUCAUUCCUAAGGAAUUUGUUGGUCAGAUAAUGACUAUGCUUAACAAGGGCUCAAUACAUUCUCAGUCCUCUUCAUUUACAGAAGCAGAGAUUGAUAUUCGUUUGAGAGAGGAAUUUUCUAAAAUGUGUUUUGAAACAUUGCUUCAGUUUUCCUUCCGUAAUAAAGUCACCACGCCUCAAGAAGGCUACAUCUCAAGAAUGGCACUCUCGGUGCUUCUGAAGAGGUCCCAGGAUGUCCUCCAUCGCUACAUAGAAGACGAGAGAUUAAGUGGCAAGUGUCCUCUUCCAAGGCAGCAAGUAACAGAAAUCAUAUUUGUUUUAAAAGCAGUGAGUACUCUCAUUGAUUCCUUGAAGAAAACUCAGCCUGAGAAUGUUGAUGGAAAUACGUGGGCACAAGUAAUUGCCUUAUACCCAACUCUAGUAGAAUGCAUCACCUGCUCGUCCUCAGAAGUGUGCUCUGCGCUCAAGGAGGCACUAGUACCCUUUAAGGAUUUCAUGCAGCCACCAGCCUGCAGAGUCCAAAAUGGAGAAUCUUGACCAGCUACAGUGUAUUUGAAGGCUGUCCUAAAGAAUGUUUGCUCCUAAGUGAGUCUUCUGUGGGAAGGACAUUUCUUACUACAAAUAAUCUCGGCAGCUGUUGUUGGCCUCCUUUAAAUUGUACUUACCUGGGUUCAGUAAUUCUUUCACAAGCUUACACAUUGACAAAGGCUCUUGAAUGAGAAGCAGUGCAAGCUUUUAAUAAAUUAAACUGGUGGAAGGGGCGGUUAAUACGACAGUCUACCUGCUACUACUGUGUCUUCAGUCGGUGAUUUAAAAGUGAACUUAUGUACAGUCUGUGGUGUGUGUAUUAAUGAUGUACUUUCUAAAAAAAAAAAGAAAAGAUAAUUCAGUCACAUUUAUUAGGCUGGUGUUUUUGCACCUUUUUCAAGUACAAAAUUGUCCUAGAAUUUUAUGCAAGAUGGUACUGUAACAUUCCACGUUAUCUAUAACCAGCCUUUGUAAACAAAGGGAACUGAUAUACUUGUGUGUAUAAUAAAUGGUACAGUUCUGUAUAAAAUAGUUGCAUUUAUUAUUUAAAUUUUUUAAUUAUUGAUAAUGUUAAAUGCUUAAAGCUGUAUUUAUUAUUAAUACAAAAUUGUUUGCUUACAUCUUUACUAAUAAUUUGCCUUCUUAUGCGACAGAUGAGCUUAUCAUACAAUCAUACAUUUAGCUUCAUGCUUAUUUUAAAUGUAUAAGCGACAAUUAAACAUCUGACCAGAAGGAUCAUGUGAACAAAGCAGCACAUAGUUUAUGAUUUGUUGAUUUUGCAACUUUGAAACAUAGGUUAUUGACUAACACUUUGAGAUACAUUGUAGCACUAUGCCUCCAUCAUACCUCAUUUCUCUAAAUAUCUCUCCAAGCUUUCACUCAAGUCUGUUUUAUAUUCUGUCUGGUUUUUAAAAACUUUUCACAUUUUAUAUUUGUACUGAUUGUUUUCCCCCUAACAACAUUUGUCACUGUCUUUGAAUUAUGACCCAGGCAAGAUGAUUUCAGAUUUCCUAAAAUUUUGCCUGUGAGGUUUUGUUCAUUUCAGUGCUUCAUUUUGUAACGUCUUUUCAAGAAGAGAAAUUACUAUGCUAACUCACAAUAUGAAAUACGUGUUAUUAUAAAACAAUGAGAAGUGUAUUUUUGGAGAUAGUCAAGUGUUUACCGUGAACUUGCUGUCACGGAGUGAAAUGCUAACUUUAUUUUCACUUUCCCAUCCUAAUGAAGAAGAAAAGUGCUCUUGAGUAUAUUACCUUAAUUGUUUCUUAAAAUUCUGACUUUGACUUAGCUCACUGUAUUUUUUAUUUAAUGGAUUAUGGUAUUAUAAUAUUUUUCUUCUGAGUUAAAUCUUCAUAAUUUAUGUGAAGACAAAGAUGUUUAAAACAGUAAUUAUUCAUAAGA